CUCGCGGGUUGAAGCUCAUUGAUUUCCGUUAGAGCCAUUCGAUUUGCGAAGAAAAAAAAGAGAAGCCUCUAUAAAAGAAUGGCGGACAAUCCAGGCUUUCAGCUCGAAAUAGCUGUUGAUGAGAGCAUCAGUGUUGAAGACUCGCGAAAUCAAGAAGUGCGUGAUGAAAAAAAUAAGGAAGGAAAUAGCACGGAAAUUUCAGCUGAAAAUAAUGCGGCUGCGGAACGUGGAGGAUGGACAAACCAGUUGGAUUUCUUGUUUUCCUGCAUCGGUUACGCAGUAGGUCUGGGGAACGUUUGGCGAUUCCCUUACUACUGCUUCAAAAAUGGCGGAGGUGCAUUCUUGGUUCCGUAUUUCAUCGCCGUUCUCACCUGCGGGAUCCCGUUUUUCGUCAUGGAAAUCACGCUGGGUCAAUACUUUGGCCUGGGCAACGUUGGCGUCAUCGAGAAGGUCGCUCCCAUUUUCAAAGGUCAGUCAGAAAUUCAAUCUUAUAUUGAGGCAACCUUCUGUCCCCGUGCGUCCGGUCAGCCGCCGGUUGGUCAAUUCAUGGUCCCGCACCCCCUGAUGGUUGUCAAGCGCCGGUCAGUCCAACUGCCAGCCAGGGCAGUUCUUGGCCCCGCCAAUCCCCAGCCCACCAAACUGCAGUUUGGUCAGCUGAUUGUUGGGGCACCCAAACAAUCGGGAUGCCAUUCUGCUCACAAAAUUCUAGAAAGAACCAGCAUGAUUCUUGUCACCCAAUUGUUUGGGUGCCCCAACAAUUGGGUGACCAAACCGCAGUUUGAUGGACUGGGGAUUGGCAAGUCCAAGGACUGCCCUGGCUGGCGGUUAGACCAACCGGCACUUGAUGACUGGCAGGUGCGCAACCGCACUGGGAUAUCGUCACAAAUCAUGAUCAUCCACAUAAACAUUUACUACGCCGUGGUGAUUGCCUGGGGGCUUUUCUACCUCGUCAUGUCCUUUUCGGCAUUGCCGGAUGUGCCUUGGAGCACAUGCAAUAAUUGGUGGAACACUGACGAUUGCGUCGUCGAUUUGGGACAGAAUUCCAGUUUCCUGAACGUCAGCACAAGUAACCCUCGAUCUCCGGUUGAAGAAUAUUGG